CAGUAAUCGUAAUAAUAAUUUUAAUAUCAUAAAUUAUUAUUCAUAUUUCAUAAUAAUAAUAUAAUAUUAUACUUAACUUUAAGUAUUAUUAAAUCUGUAAGUUCUUGUUUUAUAUUUUGUGAUAAUUUGGACUUUGGAGUACAUAACUAGUGAACCUAUACUUUCAAUUCUUCUGAUAUUCUCAAUAAUAUUGUUCAAUUAACUAAUUACUAGAUACCUAUCUACCUACAAAAAUGUUCAAUGCCAAAAAAUAUCAAUGUGCCGCAUUACUACAUAGAACAUAAGCUAUUUUGUGGCAUCAAACAACAUAAAAAUUGGUAGUUGAAAUGGAUCUUAAGUUAAUUUCCAGUAAUAAAAGUUUUGGUGGUUACCAGAAAGUUUUUGAACAUUUUAGUCCUACAGUGCAAUGUAACAUGAAAUUUGGCAUUUACUUACCACCUGCAGAAAGUGAAAAUGAAAAAUUUCCGGUAUUAUUUUACUUAUCAGGUCUUACAUGCACCGAACAAAAUGUUAUAACUAAAUCAGGAUAUCAAAGAUUUGCUGCUCAAUACAAAUUAAUUGUUGUAUGCCCUGACACUAGUCCAAGAAACUGUAACAUUCCUAAUGAAGAUGAAAAAUGGAAUAUUGGUUCUGGUGCUUCUAUGUAUGUUAAUGCUCAACAAGAACCAUGGAAUAAACACUAUCAAAUGUUUACUUAUAUAACUGAUGAACUUUAUCAACUUGUACAAAACACUUUCCCAGUUAUACAAGAUAAAAUAUCUAUUUCAGGACAUAGUAUGGGUGGACAUGGAGCAUUGUUAUGUGCUUUACUUUGCCCAGAAAAGUAUAAAUCAGUGUCAUUAUUUGCACCAGUUUGUAGUAUUUCUAAUUCACCUACAUUAAUUGAUGGAUUGAAAACAUUAGUUGGAGAGGAAAAACACAUUUUGCAAAAAUGGGAUACAACUUUUUUAGUAAAAGAAUAUGAUGGCCCAGAAAUGGAAAUAUUAAUACAUGUGGGUAGUGAUGAUGAAUAUUUAAUAAAGGAUUUACUAAUUGAUGAUUUUGUGGAAGCAGCCAAUAAAAGUAAAGAUAAUAAAAUUAAGACCACACUAUUCCUUGAAGAAGGCUAUGAUCAUGGAUAUUAUUUUAUAUCAACAUUCAUUGGAGAACAUUUUAAAUUUCAUUCAUCUAAAUUAUCUGUGUAAAACAAUUUUACAUUAAGGUAGUGUUUAUUUUUAAAUAAAAAAAAUUACAAUGAA